UGAAGACAAAGAAUUAUUUAACAGUUAAGACAUAAGGUCAACGACAUGAAUUUAUUUUUGAUAUUUUUUCUUGCUAUUGUGAUUCAAGCUAAUGGCCAAGAUAAUGCUCCAAGAAUCGUUGGUGGAAGUGAUGCACAAAAAGGACAAUAUCCAUUUAUAGUUUCGAUCCAAAAAUCAUUAUCACAUUUUUGUGGUGGUAGUAUAAUUAAUAGCAAAUGGAUUUUAACAGCAGCUCAUUGUGUCAAAGGUCAAUCACCAUUUGAUUUUAAUAUUGUCGCUGGUGUAACAUCACUAAAAGAAGGUGGAAAAAUUUAUAAAAGUGAUUUUUUACAAUGGCAUGAAAGUUUUUCAAUGACAUUUAUUAAAAAUGACAUUGGUCUUAUUCGUUUAACCACUGAUAUUGAGUACAAUGAAAAUGUUAAACCAAUUGCACUACCAACUAAUAAUUUUUAUCAGGUUGAAUAUUCUGUAACACUAAUUGGAUGGGGUACCACAAAGACAUGGGGAAAAGUACCGGAUAAACUUCAACAUAUACAACUUAAAACAGUUUCACAAUUAAAGUGUAAACUUAAACACUUGUUUGCUAGAAAAACAACAAUUUGCACUUUAACUAAACGUGGUGAAGGUGCUUGUCAUGGUGAUUCUGGUGGUCCAUUGGUAGCAGAUAAUACUCUAAUUGGUAUUGUGUCUUAUGGUCUACCAUGUGCAAGAGGAAUUCCAGAUGUUUUCACACGAGUUUGGAGUUACGUAGACUGGAUCAAUGAAACAAUGGAACGUCAAUUAAAAUCUCGAGAAAUUCCAAGAGUUGUUGGAGGAAAUGUUGCAUCCGAAGGUUCCCAUCCCUAUCAAGUGUCAUUGAGAUCAAAAAGUGGAUCUCAUUUUUGUGGUGGUGUUAUUAUUGAUAAACGUUGGAUUUUAACAGCUGCUCAUUGUAUUGUUGGUGAUAAACCAUCAUCAGUAUUUGUCGUGACUGGAACAAAUAGUCUAUCACAAGGUGGUACAAAAUACGAGACAGAUUUAUUGAUAGCUCACAAAAAUUACAACAGUGCUGCAUUUUCAAAUGACAUUGGUUUAAUUCGUGUUAAAAUUGAUAUUGAAUUUAGCAAAACAGUUAGUUCAAUAAGUUUACCAACAAGUGAUUUUGAUAAAGAAAAUUAUCCAUGUAAAUUGUCAGGAUGGGGAUCAACAAGUUUGGGAAGUUCAUUACCUGAUAAACUUCAAGAACUUGAUUUACUUGUUAUUGCACAAAAUGAAUGUAAAACUGUUCACAAUAUGCUGACAACUGAUCACAUUUGUACUCUUACUAAAACUGGUGAAGGUGCUUGCCAUGGUGAUUCAGGUGGUCCACUGACAUCUGAUGGAACAUUGAUUGGUCUGGUUUCAUUUGGAAGACCAUGUGCUCGUGGUUAUCCAGAUGUUUUUACUCGUGUAUGGACAUUCAUCGACUGGAUCCAAACAAACAUUCAGCAAAAUAGUGUUUAUUGAUACUAGAAAAAUUUUAGUACCAAUUAAUCAU